AAGAGCCAGUGGUGGAAAGUGCGGAAAGCAUGUCACGUCGGAACGUCGACAAAAGACACAAAUAAUAGGAAAAAGCUUAUUUCGCGCAGGCACUCGCAUAUUCCCAGUAAAUGCAAGGCCAAUGCAAAUGCACAUUUAGUACGGGCCACCAAAUUGUAAAUCAAACCGUCGAGUUCCCACAUCAAAAACGGCGAGCAAAGUAGCAACAACGAAACGCAGUUUAGGGCCUGCAUCUAUGCGAUAGUGUGAUAAGUGCGUGUGUGCAAAAGAAUACAAAAUAAAGGGGGCGCAAAAGAGGCAGUGAAAACAACAACACACAAAAACAGAAGACCAGUACACAGAGAAAAACGCAAACACCCGCACUCACACAAACAGACACACACACUUGUGAAACUCCAACGUCGAGUCAGCAAAUUGUGCCACACACACAAAACGAGGAAAGAGGAAGAAGAGCAGCAGCAAACAGCAAAAAAACACAGAGGUGCUUCGCUCCCAUCUCACAUCUCUAUAACUCCAUCGACCCGAACUUUCCGACUUCCCAACUCUCCGGAAUGAAUCGCUCCGAUGGAUUGGUGCGUCGCGCGGUGAAAUUCCGCGAAAACGGUGGAGCGGAGGGCGGUCUGAAUGCCAACACCCCCGACGACAAUCAGGAUGCACUGGACAGCCUGAAGGACCAGGAGGACAACAUCGACGAUGGCGACUCCAAGGAAACACGACUAACGCUCAUGGAGGAAGUUCUGCUGCUGGGACUCAAGGACAAGGAGGGCUACACAUCUUUCUGGAACGACUGCAUAUCAAGCGGCUUGCGCGGAUGCAUUCUCAUAGAACUUGGACUGCGAGGUCGCGUGAUGAUUGAGAAAUCUGGCAUGCGACGACGUGGUCUAUGUACAAGAAAAUUGAUACUGAAAUCGGAUCAGCAGACGGGAGACGUUCUACUCGAUGAGGCACUUAAACACAUUAAGGAAACAGAUCCCCCAGAGACGGUGCAGAGCUGGAUUGAAUAUCUUAGUGGUGAAACUUGGAAUCCGUUGAAAUUGCGCUACCAACUGAAAAAUGUGCGCGAACGUCUGGCCAAAAAUCUGGUGGAGAAGGGAGUGCUCACAACGGAAAAGCAAAAUUUCCUACUCUUCGAUAUGACGACACAUCCGCUGAGCGAUAAUGUUGUCAAAUGUCGCCUGGUUAAGAAGAUCCAAGAUUCUGUGCUCUCCAAGUGGGUCAACGAUCCACAGCGCAUGGACAAACGGAUGCUGGCGCUUAUCUUCCUGGCGCACGCCAGCGAUGUGAUCGAGAACGCCUUCGCGCCGCUGAAUGAUGACGACUACGAAGUGGCCAUGAAGCGAGUGCGGGAGCUGCUGGAUCUCGACUUCGAAACGGAGUCGGCCAAGCCGAAUGCGAACGAAAUUCUGUGGGCGGUGUUCAUGGCGUUCACGAAAUAGAUGAUCCUCUGCUCCUCUCCGCUCCUCUCAAUAGCACACACACACAAUAACACACACGAACCCCAACACAGAAAUACAGACCCACAUCUGGAAUACAUUUUGCUGCUUUUGUUUAAGAAACUUUGCUGUGAGUGGAACCGAAUCGGGCGAUAGGAUUUUCUUAAUUGGCAAAGACCCCAAAUAUCUGUUUCAGUAAUAUAUAUUUUUUAAGCGAGACUAUAAAGCAGCCAUAAUGCCUAUUUAAAUAUAUGUUUAUCAACACUUCAAUAAUAUCAAUCAACCGCUCCA